AUGGAACAAUUGGAGGUAGUAAUUAAGAAUAAUACUCGAUUAACUUUUUUCAGGUAUGUACACAUACUGGAUAAAGGAGAGUGGGUUUACCAUCCAAUAGAAAAGAUUAAAUCAGGGAUGAUGACAUCAUUUGUAUGUUCAAGUGCAACAUACCAAAGUAUAUUAGGUUGUAAUGUUGUUUAUUCUGUAAUAGUGAAUGGAUUGGAGUAUUUCUUUAGUUAUAAAUACGAAUCCCGAAUUAUCGGUGAUUGCGAAGCUAAUGUUUGGACUGGUAUGAUUGAGGAUGAUGAAAAAUUUGUAAAAUUUACAGGUAAAGCCAUUAGUAGUAGUAGUGAAAUUACGAAUGGUAAUCCUGAGUCUAUAGAAGGAAGCAAUGAGAUCUUUUACUUGGAUAACACUAAUGGGUUGCAGAGAUCUUGUAAAAGGCUAAUGACACAUAUUAAUAUCAGGGAGACCGAGUUUGGAAACAAGCUACUGGAUAAACUGGAUUCAAGAGACUUUAAGGAGAAUUAUUCAACUCAGAAUGAAUUUGAAUUUAAUAAAAGGUUGAAUUCAAACUAUUAUGAAUGGGUUAAAAGAUUAAGGACAUUUCCUCGCUCUCUUUAUAUUAGAGUUGUAAACUUGACUGACUUCGAUCUAACUUUGUAUCUCCCAGCAGCAAACAAGAGCGAUAAUGAAAAGUUCAGGAAUAGGAAUUUGGCAAACUCUACAAUUUCCUCAGCAGUUACUCCUAGCAUGCAUAUUGAAAGCCACAGUGAGAGCUUGAUUACAAGGGGCCCAAAUUCUCCUUAUUCUAUAAUAAACUUAAUUUCAGGAGGACAGUGGAUAGAAUUCCCCCCAGAAAUGAUUUCUGCAAAUAGUGUAGUAGAAUUCGGAGCCAGUUGUGAAUCUCUUUUUUCAGCAGAUUUUAAGGGAAAUAUAGUUUAUAAAAUUUCUGGAUAUGCUGGUAAGAUUUUGUUGGGUUGGGAUUUCCCUGCUGGGUUUACCCCAAGUCUUUCAUGUAAAGGGUUUCAUGAUCUUCAUAAUUUGUCAGUAUCUUCUCAUUAUGAAAACUUUAACGAUGGGAACAUAUUGUUUCAUAUUAUUGAUGAGUCAAAACCUCCAAAAAUACGUUUAUUAUCUGUUAAAGCCAUUUUCUCUGAGAAAUUUUUGAAUGUAGUUUCUGUAAAUUGUAAUGGUGAUGAAAAGCAUAACUUGAGUGAGAAUAUUUUAGACCAAAUUUUUGGCAAGAAUAAUGCAACUUUGACUGUAAAUAAUGGAAAGAAUCAAAAGAUGAGUACUUGCACACAAAAUGAUGAUAGGAAUAUAGGUUUGGAAGUAUAUGGUAGCAAUGAGUUAGAAUUAUAUAAUAUUAGAGAAGAGGAACAGUUUGAAAUGUAUGGGAACUUGUCCAGAGAUAUUUUGAAUUAUUUUAUUGAAUAUAAUAAACCAGAAAGAGUGAUACCUUGUAAGGAAGGGAAUAUCUUUUUAUACCAUAAAAUUAUCUUAAAUAGUCCGAGAGUGUUUUUUUCCUCUCUUCUUGCAAGCAGCAACAUAAAUAUGCAUCCAAAGUAUUGUGGAAACGUUGAUUCAAUUUCUCUUUUUAUUGAAUGGUCAAUUGGGUGUGAAAUAUUUAGGAAGGUUUGGGCUCCAGAUGAGAAACCAAUUUUGAUAUCUAGUUUUGCUGGGGGACUUAACAAUUCUAAUUCAAUUUUGAAUGCCAUAUAUCCUCGUAUCUGUAGAAGAAACAAGUCAAAGGAAAGAACUUACUUUUAUGAUUAUAGAGAGGAAUUUGGAGAAAAAGAAGCUAUUUUGAAAAAACCCUCACUCUGUAGAACAAAUUGCUUCUUUCUAGAAGAUAAUGAGCUUGAUGUGAAUAAGCAAGAUCAUUCUCACUUUGAAAUAGCCUUAAUUGGACAACAAUUACUUGCUCAAAUACUUGCACCAUACUUGGUAAAAUGUUUAAAAUCUUCAACUUUAUCCAAAGGUGGGACUUCUUCAAAUAUCUCAAAUUCUUCAGUUCUCUCCAAUACAUCCACGGUUUUUCAAGGUCUCGUUGAUAAUGACCAUAUCUGGAAGUAUUCUAAGGUUAGAAAUAUAAGAGGAACAAACAACUUGGAAGAGGGGGAUAAACAAGGAAUUCUUGAUUUUCAAGGUACCAUAAGUUUUCUGAUUUUUCACUGGGAUGACUUAUUUUACGAGCUCUUUGAAAAGAAGCUUAGUAAGCUUUCCUCAUAUUUUCAGCAUCAACUCAAUCCAGACACUCUUUUAUCUAUAAUUCAAAAAGUCAGUUUGCUCUGGGAAAAUAAAGAAUUUGAACUUUUUGACGACCCCAACUUUCUUAUAGAAUUUAUUGAUGCUGCCACAGUUAUUUGCAGAAUCAUUGAAAAUGAUGAAAAUAGCCACGCAUUGAACUGCUUUAUUAAACUCCGUAAUUCAAUUAGAAUAUAA